CUACAACUAGCCGACUCCUACUCCUCCCACUCCGUGUCAACGCCCCUCACCGGCCGAGGCUGGUGGAUAUCAGUUCUUUGGGAGAGGACAGUCGAGGGCCAUUACAACUCGUGGGCUCUUGCACAAGCCUGCUGCGGUUUUCAUAUUGAUUGGACAAUUACCAACAAGUGCUAUCGGACUAUUCCCCAUCUCCUCUCUCCCCAAGCUCGUUGCUGUGAAUGAUACGCCUUAUCUGACAUGUCCGUUCCCUAGUCGAUAUCGUAUAUAUAUACAUAUAGUAGCCUCACCUCCCCUUCCUUUCCUUUGUUCGACACCUUUUUCUCUUUUCAGGCACAAUCCGCUUUGCUUUUCUUCUUGGUCUUGUGGAAAGUGUACUUUCGUGGUUGGACCAUUUGCCACUAUCACCAUGGCUGCUGCCACGCAAGACUUCUCCUCCGCCACGACGCCGUCGGCGGCAAAGGCGAAUGUUUCCCAUCCUUUGUGUCCCUUGACGGCUUCGGAGAUCACGACCACUGCCAAUCUGUUGAGGUCUGUCUGGCCCGCCAACAUUGACCUGCGGUUCAAGGUCAUUACACUCGACGAGCCGCCUAAGAAGCAGAUGAUCCCUUACUUGGAAGCCGAACAUAGUGGUCGCCCUCUACCGCAAAUUCCUCGCAAGGCUUUUGUGUCUUAUUAUAUUCGCAAUACUGACCGCUUCCAUGAAGCCGUCGUCAAUCUUUCUGCCGGCAGGGUCGAGAGCAAUGUCCGGCUCGGACCGAACAUGCACGGCAACGGAGACUAUGAGGAGAUCCUGCUCGUUGAGAAAAACGCUCUCGAGGACGAAGGUGUCAAGGCCGCUUUGGCCAAGUUGAAGUUACCCGAAGGCACGGCCGUUACUGCCGAUCCGUGGAUUUAUGGCUCGGAUGGCAUCAACGACGACGAGAGACUGUAUCAGGUGUUUCUGUAUAUGCGUGACCCGGCCAAUCCCAGCGAACUCGACUCUAAUCACUAUGCGUUCCCGCUGCCCAUCUCUCCAGUUCUGGAAUGCAACAACUACACCGUCAUCCGGAUCGAUUAUCUCCCUACGGGUGCCGACAACACCGUCCACGAACCACGGCCCUAUGAACCAGUUCCAGCAAAUGAGUACAUUCCAGAAGCUCAGCCAUCUCUCCGCAAAGACCUGAAACCACUUCGUGUGAUUCAACCCGAAGGCGCCUCAUUUACCCUGACUCCUGCCGGCGAAACCGGGCAUGUGUUGGAAUGGCAGAAAUGGUCAUUCCGCGUGGGCUACAACCAGCGAGAAGGGAUGGUUUUGUAUGAUGUACGCUACGACUCGAGACCAUUGUUCUACCGACUGUCCCUGUCGGACAUGAACAUUCCCUAUGCAGACCCACGACACCCUUACCACAAGAAGGCAGCCUAUGAUCUGGGCGACGCUGGCGCUGGCGCCAUGGCCAACAACCUUAAACUAGGAUGUGACUGCUUGGGUCAUAUUCAGUACCUGUCGGCCGUCAUUACCGACGACAAGGGAAAGCCCACGCCGAUGGAGAACUGCGUGUGCAUCCACGAGCAGGACGCCGGUAUCGGCUGGAAACACACCAAUUACCGGACCGGACGAGCGGCUGUGGUGCGCAACCGUGAACUCGUACUCCAGAGCAUCAUCACCGUGUCCAACUACGAAUACAUCCUGGCGUUCAUGUUCAAUCAAGCCGGCGAGGUGAUCUACGAAGUGCGCGCCACCGGUAUCUUAUCGACACAGCCGAUCGACCACGAACUCGACAAGGUGGGCGUGCCUUUUGGUACCGUGGUUCAUCCUGGCGUCUUGGCGGUGCAUCACCAGCAUAUUUUCUCACUUCGAAUUGACCCGAUGCUGGAAGGUCACGAGAACCGACUGGUUUACGACGAGGCACACGCCAUGCCAAUUGACAAGGAGUGGAACCCGCACGGCGUAGGCUACACGGUCUCGGAAACUGUGGUAGAGAAGGCCGGCGGCUUGGAUAUCGACGUCGAUGCGAACCGAGUGUUCAAGAUCCAGAAUCCUCGUGUCCUGAACCCUGUCAAUGGUAAACCGGUGGCCUACAAGAUCCACGUGCCGCCCUUCCAGAAGAUGCUGGCUCAUCCAUCUUCGUUCCACUUCAAACGUGCCGAAUUCGCAGACCACAACAUCUAUGUCACUACCCACCGUGACCGUGAGUUGUAUGCCGGAGGUUGGUACACCAACCAGUCUCGCGGAGGCACGGGUGUGCGCAGCUUCGCCGCCCGCAACGAUAGUGUCAAGGACACCGAUAUUGUCGUCUGGGUCCAGUUUGGCAUCAACCAUGUCCCGAGAAUCGAGGAUUUCCCCGUCAUGCCCUGCGAGAUCCUGAAAGUCAGCUUGAAACCCGUCAACUUUUUCGACAAGAACCCUGCUCUCGAUGUCCCGCCUUCCGAGCAGAGUUUCAACCAGUCCACCCUGGCUUCGAACCUGCAUCAUCAGCCUGCUGUUGAGACUGUUGUCGGCAAGGGUGGGGAGUGCUGUGGUCCGGCCGAGCAGCCUGGGAAGAGUAAGUUGUAAACACAACACAGACACAAACACAGAAAUGGAGGCAACAUUUACGUCGACGUACCCAUGCACAAAGAAUUUGCUUGCUUGAGGCGCUUGAUGUCAGUAGCACAGCUUGAAAAAUCUCGGGUCUUUUUGCGCAUUUAUUUUAUAUAUAUAUACCACCCAGAACAGCUACUGUAGUUCCUACUAGUAGCUAGGUAGCAAGCAGCAUGAUUCAUGAGACACCUGA